CCCCCCCUCCCUCCCUCCCUCUCUCUCUCUCUCUCUCACCACGUACUCUACCCAGCAGUACUAUCCACACUCUUUCUCUCUCCUCCUCUCAUGGAAUCUCACCGGAAAACAAGCAAAAACAGAGACCAGAAACCACCCUUUUCUGUUUAAGAACCGAACAUUAUUAACUCGUCAAUUUUCAAAGAAUUCCUAAUAAACGUACCGUCAAUCAGAUGUCAUUAAUUUUUGACUCUCUUACUGUCAUCCUUGUUUCUUUUCUGCUAUUACUGAGUCAUGGCCGAGUUGACUCUGAGCCUGUACAAGACAAGCAAGCUCUCCUUGCCUUUCUUUCUAAAGUUCCUCACGAGAAUCGCCUUCAAUGGAACGCUUCUGCCUCCGUCUGUACCUGGUUCGGGAUCGAGUGCGAUGCUAACCAAUCUUUCGUGUAUUCUCUCCGGCUUCCCGGUGUUGGGCUCAUAGGCUCCAUUCCGCCAAACACACUUGGCAGGAUGAGUCAGCUCCGAGUCUUGAGUCUUCGCUCAAACCGUCUCUCCGGUGAGAUCCCCUCAGAUUUCUCUAAUUUAACCCUCCUCCGGAGCCUGUAUCUCCAAAACAAUGUGUUUACGGGUGAUUUUCCUCCGAGCUUGACUCGAUUAACUCGGUUAUCUCGUCUUGAUCUCUCGUCAAACAACUUCACCGGUUCAAUCCCAUUUUCUGUCAACAAUUUGACCCACUUGACAGGGCUUCUUUUGCAGAACAACCAUUUCGCGGGUAGCUUGCCAAGUGUAAACCCGUUAAAUUUGACAGAUUUUAAUGUUUCCAACAACAGUCUAAACGGUUCAAUCCCUCAAGUUUUGGCCAAGUUCCCUGCAUCCUCUUUUUCUGGGAAUUUACAACUUUGUGGUCGCCCAUUACCGCCUUGCAACCCAUUUUUCCCAUCUCCAGCUCCGUCCCCAUCAGAAAUCCCACCUGGGCCUCCAUCAUCGCACAAAAAGUCCAGGAAACUUUCCACGGUUGCCAUUGUUUUAAUCGCAGUGGGCUCUGCUUUAGUUGCUCUGUUAUUGUUGCUCUUUUUGAUUUUAUGUCUCCGGAGGAAACAACGGAGUCGGCCCGCGAAAACCCCAAAGCCAACAGCGACGGCACGCGCUGUGGCAGUGGAGGCAGGGACAUCAUCGUCAAAGGAUGAUAUCACUGGUGGGUCAGCGGAGGCUGAGAGGAACAAGCUGGUGUUUUUCGAAGGAGGGAUUUACAGCUUCGAUUUGGAGGAUUUAUUGAGGGCAUCUGCGGAGGUAUUGGGGAAAGGAAGUGUGGGGACUUCAUACAAGGCUGUGUUGGAGGAAGGGACUACUGUGGUGGUGAAGAGGUUGAAGGAUGUGGUGGUUACCAAGAGAGAUUUCGAGACUCAAAUGGAGGUUUUGGGCAAGAUUAAGCAUGAUAAUGUGGUUCCAUUAAGAGCUUACUAUUAUUCAAAAGAUGAGAAGUUGCUUGUUUCUGAUUUCAUGCCCGUCGGUAGCUUGUCUGCUCUUCUUCACGGUAGUCGAGGGUCAGGCCGCACUCCCCUAGACUGGGAUAACCGGAUGAGAAUAGCAAUGAGUACAGCAAGAGGUCUUGCUCACCUCCACAUUGCGGGCAAGGUGAUUCAUGGCAACAUCAAAUCGUCCAACAUUCUACUCCGACCUGACAAUGACGCUUGCGUUUCAGAUUACGGGCUCAACCCGCUCUUUGGUACCUCUACGCCACCUAGCCGAGUCGCAGGCUAUCGCGCCCCAGAAGUGGUAGAAACCCGCAAAGUUACCUUCAAAUCCGAUGUGUACAGUUUCGGUGUGUUGCUCCUUGAGCUCCUAACAGGCAAAGCACCCAAUCAAGCCUCAUUAGGCGAAGAAGGUAUUGAUUUGCCCAGGUGGGUCCAGUCAGUGGUUCGUGAGGAAUGGACUGCUGAGGUCUUUGACGUGGAGUUGAUGAGGUACCAUAACAUUGAGGAGGAAAUGGUGCAGUUGUUGCAGAUAGCAAUGGCUUGUGUCUCCACUGUACCUGAUCAAAGACCAGCAAUGCAAGAGGUUGUAAGGAUGAUCGAGGAUAUGAAUAGGGGAGAGACGGAUGAUGGAUUACGGCAAUCAUCUGAUGAUCCAUCUAAAGGAUCCGAGAGCCAUACUCCUCCACCAGAGUCCAGGACGCCUCCUAGCACUGUCACACCAUAGAAAUUCUCCGUAAAAGUGUCGAAGAAAAUACAUGUGCAGAAGGGUCUCGUUUAAGAAUGUGCACACUGUGCGUAAGUAUCAGCGGUAAAGUGCGCAUUUGGUAGGGCGGAGCUACAUGUGUUUUCUUUUUUUCAUUUUUCUUUUUUAAGGGUUUAUUAUUUUAAUUUUUUUUUCUUCAUUUGUGACGAUUUCCAAAGGUGGCGGUGCGAUUUAUAGUCUGAAUUGUUUUUGGAGGGACGGGGAUUUUCAUGAACCGAUUGGAAUUUCACCAUGUGAUGGAUUUAGUUGGGUUUUAUUAAAUUCUUUCUUCCAAAUUUCUUACCA